AUGGACGGCGAAAUCCCCCUCCCUCCGCCGCGGCGCAUUCGUUAUCGGUCGCCCGCGUUGCCCGCACGCUCGGCGACAAACGCGGUCUCGUCCCUCCACCGCACGAGACGAUUGUCGCGUUUCGAUGACUGUUCAAGCCAGCCGUCAAGUGACCCUGCGCUGUUCUCCAGCGACGACAUUCCCGCGUCUGGGCUAGAGAACUAUCAUGCGACCACGCCAGGCUCAGGCCGGAAACGGCGGUAUAGGGGGACGUGGUGGGGAGAGCAGGUCAUAGACCCAAAGCGCAAGAGGGGGGAAUUCAAAGAGAAGCGGAACGUGGACAGCGGAGUGUGGAUGGGGAGCGAUGAGUCGGGAGCUGAGUCGAUUAUGUCGUCGGACCCAGCGUGGGGAGAGGACUUGCGCAAGACGGUGCUUGACCCAAUGCACACCCCGACUCCCACCACUCCCAAGGCUUCAAGCGCCAACACAAGGGACCCUGACAACACCCCAAUCCAAGUGCGAGCAGCGUUCAGGAGCAUGGCGGAAUCACAAGCACACCAGUUGGCGCGCAAAACGGUCAAUGAAUGCCUGGAGAAAGGGCAUGAAAGCAUUGAUCUGGGGUAUGUGCUUUCGUCCUAUCUUUCAUUCGUCCCAACUAUCAUUCGUCCCAUCACUCGGUCUAACAAAUGUCCGGCCUCUAGUGACUACCAACUGCAGACCUUGCCACCAGGUCUAUUGAAACCUCUCAAACACUUCACGAAGCUCCCACCAGUCGGAGAAGCACCUGUUUCCGAAGAUGUUUUCACGUCUCUCAAGCCAUCUCUAAGCCUUUACCUCCCUAAUAACUCUCUUUCAACCCUUCCCAGUGACAUCUAUGAACUCAGCAACCUGAAGGUCCUAAGCUUGCGCAAUAACAAGCUAACGGAGAUCCCACUCGCAAUCUGCCGAUUGACCGGAUUGCAAGUCUUGAACGCUUCCGUCAACGAACUGACCUACCUCCCUUGGGAACUCAUCUGUAUGAUCUUCAGAGGAGAGCUGAAACACGUCACGGUGCGUCCUAAUCCGUUUCCGACCAUCGACGAGCGGCAUAUACAAUGGAACUCCGACAAAAAGCGGAAGAAAGCCUGGGAAGGUCCGAUGGAAUUUCAACCGGGUCAAGACGUGGACUACGGCUAUUAUCCUAUCCACGUUGGCUCAGGACCCAUAACAUUCCUUGACAAGGAGGGCAAACCCGUGCGAGUGGUCUCACGCCGGGAAGCAAGCCUGCAAGUCGAAUCACCUUUGAAUGAACCUCCCUCGUUGCGAGAACUUGCUCUUCGCGCAGUCACCAAACUCCCAUAUCUUGAGGAAACCACCGACGAGGAGCUAGCUGAGUACCCGCCGCCGCUCGUGCCUCUUCUCCGAAAGGCCAGGCAAGUACGCAUUGCAGGCGGUCAGAUGUGCUCUGUUUGCGACCGCGAGUAUGUGAUCCCCCGUACCGAGUGGACGGAGUGGUGGGACAUUACUCCUUCUGAAAAUGGAACGAAAACCCCUCGCGUCGCUGGCCAAAAGCUUCGACCUCUUCCAUUCAGACGAUAUGGUUGCCGUCAGGCGUGUGUUCCGGACGCGUGCGAGAAGAUUUUCGGUCCGGUGAGAUACUGA